AUGCAGACUGCUUCUACAAACAUUUGUAAAAGCCUGUGCAAUAAGUCCAUCCAUGACAUUUCCUGGCUACUAAAUAUUCCACGCUCAACUGUUAGUGGGAUUAUAACAAAGUGGCAGCAACUGGGAACAACAGCAACUCAGUCACCAAGCGGUAGGCCACGUAAGAUGACAGAGCGGGGUCAGUGCAUGCUGAAGUACACAGUGCGCAGAAGUCUGCAGAGUCAAUAGCUAAAGACCUCCAAACUUCAUGUGGCCUUCAUAUGAGCACAACAGUGUGUAGAGAGCUUCAUGGAAUGGGUUUCCAUGGCCGAGCAGCUGCAUCCAAG